CUAUAUAAACGGCCACUUUGAUCUCUUCGGCACAGUUCAGUCCCCUGAGCACAUUGUCUCACCAUGGCCAAGUUCAUCCUUGUCGUCCUCGCCUUCGUCGCCAUCCAGGCCGCCAGCGCAGCACCCGCGCCUUCCAUCCUGGGCGUGUCUCAAGGCUUCCUUGGGGCCGCCAAGACCAAAGUCGACGCCGCUCAAGGCCUCACCAACGCGGGCAUCCAGGCCGGCAGCGACGGCGUCAACCUGGGUCUGGACGCCGCUAAGAACGCUGAAGCUGCCAAGUCCAACGCCCUCCGCGGCGGCGUCAAGAUCGCUGGUAAUGUGGGCACUGAGGCCAUCACCCAGACCCGUAACCUCGCCAACCACCUGCCCUCUGCCGGCGGCAUCCGCGAUGGCGCCAACCUCGGCCUCAACGCUGCCCAGGGCGCCCUGGAACUCGGCACAAGCGCCCUUACCGGCCUCUUCACUGGAGCUCAGGGCCUCGUGAACAGCGGUCUGGAUGCUGGCAGCAAGCUGGGCGCCGGCGUCUCCGGCGCUGCUGAAGGAGGCGUCAACGCUUUCGGCGGGGCCGCUGGAGGCGCCAUCGGCGCCAAGGCCAACGCCAUUGGCACCGCCCAGAAGGGCGCCUCUGCCGCCACGGGCGCCGCCGCCAACGCCGUCGGCAAGGUGGCCAACACUCUCACCGGCGGCUUCGCCAGCGGCCUCACCGGAGCCUUUGGGCUUCUGGGCUAGAGUCCCUAGCAGUCGUGUAAGCCAGGCCCCUUGAAAAUAAAAAUUACUACCGAAA